AAGCACGGGAAACUAAGAUUGAGACAACCGGAAGUUUAGAGUGCAUCCUCCAAGCAGCUAGCAGUGUCGUGGAAAUAUCCCUUAAUCUAAUUAUUCCAACGUUUCAUUCUCCACGUUGAGUUUUCAGUAAAAGCAACAAUGUCCGAAAGAAAAGUGUUGAAUAAAUACUACCCCCCGGAUUUUGAUCCAUCCAAAAUCCCAAAACUUAAACUCCCAAAAGACCGUCAGUAUGUGGUCAGAUUGAUGGCUCCAUUCAAUAUGAGGUGUAAAACAUGUGGCGAGUACAUCUACAAGGGGAAGAAGUUCAAUGCACGCAAAGAGACUGUUCAGAAUGAGCUUUACAUGGGACUGCCCAUCUUCCGUUUCUACAUCAAAUGUACGCGGUGUCUCGCUGAGAUUACGUUUAAGACUGACCCGGAGAACACAGACUACGCAAUGGAGCAUGGAGCAACACGAAACUUCCAGGCAGAGAAACUGAUUGAGGAGGAGCAGAAGAGAAUGCAACAGGAGAGGGAAGAAGAGGAACUGAACAACCCCAUGAAGGUAUUGGAGAACCGCACAAAGGAUUCCAAGAUGGAGAUGGAGGUUCUGGAGAACCUCCAGGAGCUGAAGGAGCUGAACCAGAGACAGGCUCAGGUGGACUUCGAGGGAAUGAUCGACCGGUACAGAGAGAUGGAGAAGAGAGAGAGGGAAAGAGAGAAAGAAGAGGAUGAGCGAGAGACAAAAGAGAUGUUGGAUCGUGCCCUUGUGAAAAGACUCAGAGACUCUGACUCAGAGGAAGAGAAGGAGGAGGAGGAGGGGAGCAGCUUGCAGUCAAAGAAAGCCAGCACAGACAAACCAACAGACAUUCUCACCACGGACAAACCCACAGAAGCACCGGGAACCUCAGCUGGAGGAGUGAAGAGAGCGAAGGUGGAGAGUUGGGAGAGGAGUGUGGGGACGCUGGGUGGAGGAGGAGCACUAGGGUCCCUGGUCGUGCGAAAGAAACCAGCAGCAGCUGUAAACAAACACAGUCCAGUGGCGGCUGUUGCUGUUCUCACAUCACAAACAGAUUCAAAGGCAUCUGCAGCAGACUCCAAAAAUGCCUCUAAGCCCGUUGCCACACAAAACGGGUCGUCAUCUCUCAGCCUGCUGGGGGCGUAUUCAGACAGUGACAGCUAUGACAGCGAAUGAAAAGAAGAUGCUUGGGAUGGAUUUUGAUUUGAGUGACUGACACACAAUUGUAUGAAGAAUGCAGAAAGGAAUUUAAUGAUAUGGACCUUUUUGUAAUGAAUGAUAGAAAUCAUAUAUAAACCAGUUUGUGGAUCUCUCCUAUAAAAACCUUUCUAUAAAGACUGAUAAUAAGUCUUUAUAUUCUAUAAAGACUGAUAAUAAGUCAGUUUUCAGCAGAAUUGGUACUGUCUGCUGUCAAAGCCCAGUGAAAAUAAAAUCCUCUUCCUUAGCUGAUCCACUGGUUCACGGAUGUUGUUACCAAGUAUUUAACCUAGAAGAAAUGGUAAUGUUAGAUUUUUUUUUGUGUGAGAACUAUACUAUCAGGUGUAUAUUUUAGUGUUUAUUAAAAUCUGUUUAACUUUAA